AUGGUGAUCCAUUGUUUGGUACAUCUUGAUCGUCGAUUUUGGCAGCUAAAGGAAGUAUCCUGCUCUCUCGGGUGCAAGAGGAGAAUGAAGAUGGAAAACGAUGAGGAAUAUAACUGGGAUAAUACAACCUCAGUGUCAGAGUUCAUCCUGCUGGGGCUCUCCAGCCACCCCAAUACACAGCUGGUGCUCUUUGUGUUCUUCCUAGCUAUCUACCUGGCGACCCUCUUUGGGAACAGCCUCCUCAUUGCCCUUGUCAAGAGUGAUUCCCGUCUUCACACACCCAUGUACUUCUUUCUGGCUAACCUCUCCUUCCUAGAUAUCAGCUACACGACCACCACUGUACCCCAGAUGCUGGUCCACCUCCUCUCCACAAAGAGAAGCAUUUCCUAUGUUGCCUGUGUUGCCCAGAUGUACGUCUUCCUUUCUCUGGGGAUAAGUGAGUGCAUCCUGUAUGCUGUAAUGGCCUAUGAUCGGUACGUGGCCAUUUGUCAUCCCCUGCGCUACACCGUCAUCAUGAGCAGGUCAGUCUGUGUCAAGAUGGCCAUCAGCUUCUGGGUAUCUGGCUUCUUUUUUGCCAUGCUGAAUACAGGCUUCACGAUGAGGUUGCCCUACUGCAACUUAAAUGAAAUCAAUCACUUCUUUUGCGAGGUGCCAGCCAUCUUGAAGCUGGCCUGUAACUAUUACUAUUUCUACUUCACAUGCCAUGUAUGA